AUGUGUAGCUUUAAACUUGAACACCUGACACCCCUGCCUCUUCUGGCUAACCAAAGCCUUUCCCUCUCCCUCUCACCCCUUCAGAUUAUCUUCUACGAGGACAGGAACUUCCAGGGUCGUUCCUAUGAGUGCAUGAGCGACUGCCCCGACAUGUCCUCCUACCUGAGCAGGUGCCACUCCUGCAGGGUGGAGAGAGGCUGUUUUAUGGUGUACGACCGCACCAACUACAUGGGCAACCAGUACUUCCUGAGAAGGGGCGAGUACGCUGACUACAUGAGCAUGAUGGGCAUGAGUGACUGCAUUAAGUCCUGCCGCAUGAUCCCCAUGUACAGGGGAUCCUACAGGAUGAGGAUCUACGAGAGGGAGAACUUCGGUGGCAUGAUGCAUGAGCUGAUGGACGACUGUGACAACAUCAUGGACCGUUACCGCAUGUCCAACUGCAUGUCCUGCAACGUGAUGGAAGGCCACUGGCUGAUGUACGAGCAGCCCCACUACAGAGGCAGGAUGAUGUACAUGAGGCCUGGCGAGUACAGGAGCUUCAUGAACAUGGGCUGGAGCGGCAUGAGGUUCAUGAGCAUGAGGCGCAUCACCGACUCCUGCUAUUAGAUUGUCUUUGCACUGAAUAAAACUGUCAUAACCUGAA